AUGCGAUCGUCAUUUUCGUUUUUUCGAAAGAAUCAAAAUAAUAGUUCAAGUUCAUCAUUAGAGAAUGAUUCAAAAAGCGAUGAUGAUGAUGACGACGACGAGGACGAUAAUCAUCGUAUCAACGUUGAACGUUAUAAAGCAAGAACAAUUCAAAACGAUAAUACUAAUAUGUUAGAAUGUCCUUCAGAUUAUGACGAUAGUUGUAGUCAAAGUGACGAUAGCAAUAAUAAUAACGAUGAUGACGAUGACGAAAAAGAAAAUGAUCUAUUUACUUCGUCAACUAAUACUCAAUCGCCAUUUUUAACGCGACAAGUAACAUUGUAUGAAGAGGAUUGGCCGCGAAGACAUUCUUUGGAUGAAAAUAAUUUUCGAAAGUCGAUUUAUCGAGGUGAAAAUUCUUUAUUAGAAACAGAACACGAUAAAGGAUUAUUUUUAGAUUCCAAUCAACAUCGUUUGUUUCCACCCGAACGUAACAAAUUAGUUGGCAACUUGAAUACAAAGCAUCAACCACGCAAUACUCAUAAAUCGUUAUCAAGUGAUUUCAAAGCAAGCACACAACAACUGCACUCUCUGUCUGAACUAGAUAGCAUGCAGACAACAACAUCAUCAUCUUCUCGAACUAAAAGUAGUAAUUCAAUGAUAUCGCCACUACGCACACCAAGAGCAAAUGACGAUCAGCGGCGACCAAUUUCAAAGAUUCCUGUUCGAACGAAUUCAUCAUCUCAAUCAAGAUCACGUAGUCCAGCUGCAACAACAAAUAGACAUGUUCAAUCAGCUGCAGCUCCUUCGAAAAUACCUGUACCAGUUCCAGCAGCAACAUCAAGCAAAGGUGCUUUUCGAUUUUUUACUGCCAAUGAUCGUGCAUCAUCGUCAUCAUCAUCCUCAUUACAGAUGCCUUCAAUCAAAGAAGCUAAACAACAGCCACCAAGUCAAACUAAUAAAAAAGCUUCUCCAUUUACUCCAAUCGCUCAACCGAAAACAGUUUCGCUGCCAAAGAAAAUCUCGUCGUCAGCUGGUCAUACACCAGCAAUAAACCAACGACCUAUACAACUGCCAAGUAGUGAUGAUGAUGAUUCCGAAACAAAUCAUCUUCCAGAAGCUGACCUUAAAUUAAAAUUAAAAGAACAAAAACGGCAUGGAAAACAAACAGGAGAAUUAUUAAAUAAAUUGCAUGAAAACUAUGAAGAACUAUUAGAAAAAUAUGCUCAAGCAGAAAAUACUAUUGAUCAAUUACGUUUUCAACCGAAAAUGUUAGGCGAUAAUACACCACCCAUAAACUCAGCUGAAGGUACCGUACACUUUAUUCAACAACCUAAAGUUCAAAUGGCCGACUUACAAUCUAAUGGAAUUUAUCAUUCAAUAAAUAGCACACCAUUUUCAUCGAUAAGACAAGUACACUCGAUUACAUCAGCCACAACCACCACAACAACAAGAUCCGUGGAAAAAAGUACAUCGCCAUCUGGCACAGUAGAAUCGGUAUUUUUCGAUGAAUCUCCGCAGCAAAAGAUUAUUGUGCAAGAAUUAACAACACCAGAAACUGUUAGACUUGAUUUACUCAUUCAAACAAAAACAUUAGCUGAAAAGAUGAAAUCGUUUAUUACAUUAAUGGAUGCUAACCAAUUGAGUUUAGCUGAACAAAAACAAGUCUAUGAAAAUAUUAAAGAAGAUUAUGAAAAAUUAUUAAAAGCAUAUGAUACAUCAAAACAUAGUAAUGAUCUUGCUGAUAUUGAUUUUGAUGCAGAUUUAAAUAAUGAAUUAGAAACAAUGAAACAAUUACUAAAAGAAAUCGUUAAACGAAUAACAGAUAAUUUACUUGGCAAAUCAAAUAGUGGUUCUGAGAAUGGUCAUUUAACACGAGAAGGCAGUCAAUUGAGUCAAUCAUCUCAUCGAUCUUCUAUCUGUAAUCAUGGUGAUCUUAUGGAUCAAUAUCAGAAAAUCAUGAAUGCUGUUAAUGCUGAUACUGUAGAGCAAAAUCCGGCCCUCAAGUCUUUAAAUACAGGAUUGGAAACAGGAUCAAGACAAUUGAGAAAAUCUUAUUCUCAUGAUUCAACUCGAUCAGAUAUUGCCAAUCGGGAUCCACCAACAACAAAAAAUAAGCAACCCUAUGUUUAUGUAUCUGGAAACUCUGACGAUGACCAACAACAAAUUAGUGAUUCUACGCCAGUUCCAUUAUCGAAAGGCAUGGAAUCAGCUUCAUUCAGCGUCGAUCAUAUUCCGUUUACAUCAACUAAACAAUACCAACAAGUUGAUGAAGAACAAGCUCAUAUACAUGGGGUCCCAACAACAACAACAACAAUAACAAAGAAAAAGAAAUAUCCUACUAAACAAACAUUUCAAGAAUACGACAAUCUUGAAAAUGUAUCACAAUCAAAACGAAAUAAUAGAACUCAACAGAAAAAACUUACUCAUAUCUAUCAAAAUGACAAAGAACUAACCACAUCAUCUGUUUCAAUACCAAGGACAGGCACUCGAUGUUCAGCUAGUUCAAUGCGAACACGUAAUAGCGAUUACGAUAGUGGUAUCGGCACAAAUAAUACUACUAAAUUAAGCCGUGAUAGUAAAUUGAACACGAGUACAAUGGAUGAAAGUCAUUACCAAUCGCUGGAUGAAGAACAACGACGCUAUUCCGAUGAAGAACAAGAAUCGAUUUCAAAUCUUUCAUCGUCACGUUCAAGUGGUUCAGGUGCCGCAAGUCCCGGAAGCCCUUAUAGCAAAUAUACAAAAAAAUUCGACCGUCCAUCAUCAUCGAAACAGCUUGAUGACAAUCGUCGACGAAAACCUAGUGGCCACUCAGAUGCUUAUCCAUCGGAUCUAGAAGCUCAUUUAACUGGUUCAUUUGAUACAUAUCCACAAUCGGCAUCAUCUAAAAAACGAUCGUAUUAUAAUUUAUCACCGCAAAGAUCGACAACACAACGUUCACAUUCAAAAGCAACCUCUCAUCGAAGUCUAUCGAACGAUAGUAUUGAUUUAGACAGUUAUAAAACUCGACCGUAUCGACCACAAACUGCACCGCAAAUAUCAUCAAAAUUAGAAUCCAAUCGUAAAAUGAGUAGAAAAUAUCAAAGUGGAUUUAUUCAACAAAAUUCUCUGUCCUCAAGAAAUCGUGAAACAAUGUAUAAAAGUUCAUUCUACGUCGAUCAAGCACACACACAUCGAAAUUCACAAGAAAAACUUAAUCAAAAUGCACGACAAUACAAUAAACAAACACAACCAGCAAAUAAACUUUAUUUAGAUCCUCAAACAGGCGUUAUAUAUCGAUAUGCUGAAGAAAAAACUAAACAUUCAACUGUAACAUAUUAUCGACCAGCAUCUCAGACAAAAUCCACUCAAAAUUUAUAUAAAUGUGAUGAAUGUGGCAGUGUUACUUCAUAUUUUCAUCGUCAUCAUAUCGAUUCAAAUUUACGACGAGUUACAAGUGAUAUCGAUGAUCCCGGCUACGAAAGUGGAAAUAGAAAACUUAAACGAUAUCGUAAAUUCAUCGACGAUUUAGCAUCUUCCGAUAGUGAUUCCGAGGAUAAACUAACUUGCACCGAUUUGAACGGAUUAAAUGAAGCUUUUGAACGAGCGAGAAAAGUACAAGAACGUUCACAAAAUCUAUCGAAACAUAUCAGUCGGCAAUUGAAACUGGUGUUAAGUACUAUUUAA